AUGGUGCAACUUGAUGACGGCCUGGAGGCUGCUACACACGGUACCAUUGAUGUUUUACAGUCAUCAUCCGACGAUACGCUCGACCUGGCAUUCGUCAAUACUGCAGAAAAGCCUAAAAGCAGUGAAACAUGGGAUUGGGAUAAUGAUCCGAGCAAUCCUUACAAUUGGCCAACAAUUCAGAAAGUUCUGCAAGUGAUGAUGAUUGCAUGGGCGGCUUUUACAACGAGUGUUGGAGUAUCUAUUAUCUCACCGGCUCACUCGCAGUUCAUGGAGGAAUUUGGCGUCAGCAGCACCGUCGCUAUAUUACCCAUGUCACUCUACGUUUUUGCUCUAGCCCUUGGUCCUAUCGUUGGAGGACCUCUUUCUGAAACUGUCGGGAGAUACCCAAUCUACGUCGGAGCGAUAACUCUGGGAACUUUGUUUACUCUAGGUGUUGGGUUUUGUCCCACGUUUUCUGGGCUUUGUGUUUUACGUUUCUUGGCUGGUUUCUGCUAUGCACCAACUCUGGCGAUUGCGGCCGGAACUAUCAAUGAGACGUUCAAACCAGUCCACCGCGCUCUUCCCUCGGCUAUCUUUAUUCUCACGCCUUUUCUGGGUCCUGGUCUGGGGCCGGUUAUUGGAAGUUUCGUCGUCAAUCGGAAAGGCUGGCGUUGGACACAGUGGACAACGAUCUUCUUCGCGAUCAUGACCGGUAUCACAAUUACAAUUGCGAAAGAGACUUUUCAUCCUAUCAUCAAGCGUCGUCGUGCCCGGGAACUAGGAUUAGAAGCCCCCCCAUCAGCACCUCUCUCGUCCAAGCUACGCCUAUUUGUAACCAUUUCUCUCCUCCGCCCUAUCCAUAUGCUCCUGACCGAACCCAUCGUUGGCUUUAUUUGCCUUUACGUUGCUUGUGAAUUUGCGACACUCUUCUCGUUCUUCGCAGCCUUUCCAUUGAUCUUCCAAGGUACCUAUCAUUUCAAUAUCGAGUCCUCCGGCCUUGUCUUCUUGGCUAUUGUCGUCGGAUGUCUACUCGGAACUGUGACAGUCAUACUCUGCAACGUCUUUCUUUACCUUCCGAAAGUCGCAAAUCAUCCGGAGGGGCAAACACCACCUGAAUAUCGCCUCUAUCCAGCACUAAUAGGUAGUGUUGGACUGCCGAUCGGAUUGUUCUGGUUUGCGUGGACUGCCAGAGCCGAUAUCUCCUGGGCAAGUCCCGUCGUUGCAAUCGUGGUUUUUGGAUGGGGUAAUCUAUGUGUCUUUGUGAGCACAACACAGUACCUGGUUGAUACUUAUCAUGGCCUCACUAUCGCAAGUGCCAUGAGCGCCAAUGGGUUGGCCCGUUAUGGACUUGCAGCUGCGUUCCCUCUGUUUACCGUCCAGAUGUACACCAGGCUCGGUACAGGGUGGGCCUCUAGCGUGCUUGGGUUUAUUUCAGUGGCACUUUUGCCUGUUCCGUGGGUUUUUUUCAAGGGUGGAAAGAGAUUGAGGGCUUUGAGUAAAUAUCAAACCGCGGAGAAUAGUAAGUGA